UCCUCCCCACUUCAGUCUCCUGUGAGCGAUGGCUGUGAGGGCACAUUCAUUCGUCUCGAGAGAGUGUUAAUUCUCUAUGGGUAAUUUCUGAACAAUUCGUCUACGAAGAUCAGUAAGGAACAAGUGUGAAUAAGUGACUCCACAUUACAAGAUACACCAGUUAACGGAGAUAAAGUGUUAAAUCGCCAAAGGAAAAAUAAGUGCUUGAGCAUUUACUAAAAUUCAAGAUUGUUUCCUCAUUUGUGGCGGGAAUUACUAGUGACUAUAUGAAGUGCUGAAGGUGCAGCUGCAAGAGCGUCUUGAGUUGUAGUGCGACACAAGUGUAGUGUAGUGUUGAGUGUUAGUGUACAGUGAUCAGUGAUGAUGAGUGAAGUACAGGAAUAUGCGCGUCAAGGACCCCGUUUGCCGCUGUUGCUCGCUAGACACAAGGCGCUGCCCGACCUCUGUCCUGCGGCCGAGACUAACACCGCCCACACCGCGCACAAGGAGGAGGUGGGGCCGCCCGUGCCACCCGUGGUAGUACGGGGCGGAUCAGGCACCACCUCAGGAGGGGCAUUGUCACCCACGGCCGCCCCAGGGGCGGCGCCCACCUUCCCCGCAGUGCCCACACUGGUGGGGGGCAAGUACCUGCUUACACGCCCUCUCGAUCACUCCGCCUGUCAUGCCACAAACAUUCACACUCACCAGAGCCUACUUGUCAAGACUCUGGAGGGUCGAGCAGCACACGACCUUGUGGCGCACCAUGCACUCAUGGGCGGGUGUGAGGGCGUGCGCUCACCGCUAGAGAUGGUGGUGUCUGCGUGCAGGCGGAGGGCGUGGGUGGUGUUCCCCGCCCAUUGUGGUGACCUACACUCAUAUGUUCGGGUACGGCGGCGGCUGCGGGAGGUGGAGGCUCAGAGGCUGUUCACCAAGGUUGCCGAGACAGUGGCCGCUUGUCACGAGGCUGGCCUCGUGCUCAGGGACUUAAAGUUACGCAAAUUUGUCUUCACAGACCCAGACAGACAGCAUCUGGAACUGGAGAGUCUAGAGGACAGUGUGCUGGUAGGAGACGAGGAUUGGCUGCAAGAUAAGCACGGAUGUCCUGCCUAUGUUGCACCAGAGAUCCUCACCUUCUCCUCUUACUCAGGCCGUGCCGCCGACAUGUGGGGCCUGGGCGUGAUGCUCUACACUAUGCUAGUCGGCAGGUACCCAUUCCAUGACUCUGUUACCUCAUCAUUGUUCGCGAAGAUCAGAUGCGGGGAAUUCAAAGUGCCAGAAUGGGUCAGUUCCCGGGCCCGGCACUUGAUCACUGACCUCUUGCGACGAGACCCUGCCCGCCGCCUGGCCGUCCAAGAUGUUCUCUCUCACCCAUGGCUAACCCGGCCACCCCGCGACCAUCCUCCAAGGGAUCCCAGUGAUCACACCGUCCCCACCAUGUAUGUGCAGCCAUCAAGCCAUCUUUCACAGUCGCCCAAGGCCACAGCCACAACCUCCACUUACACACCGAGUUUGUUUGGCCUGUAGAGUGCCACCAGUCCAGGCCAGUCACUGUUGUGGCUGCCCACUCUGUCCAUAGGGUUACCUCUCAGACCUUUAACAGGACGUGUCAGACUGUUGGCAUAGCCUAAAAAUUAUUAUAGUGUACCCUUAUCAGAGAUCUUUCACAUCUUUCAAGGGUUUCAAGUGUACCAGUGAGCGCAGCUUAAUUCUGCGCAUCUUCAGGAAGUAAACCUAGAAUAUGGCCUACCAAGUAGACCUUUUAAUAAAAGUCUUCAUGUAAGAACAUUUUGCUUUAUUUCUUUAGGGUUGUGAUACAAACCACGUCAUCAGAUAAAUUGUAAGGAAUUACCCUUUCUUAUUUAAAAAUUUAAUACCCAUAUGGUAGAUGGCUAGCAAGGGUUCUUUGACAGUGACCUAAUCCAUACAGAACACAAGAAAGUAGGUGGUGGUGGUGCUUCCCAAGCCUUUAAUACAUUAACUUUUAGAUAAUGGCAAAUAACGUACAGUACAGUACCUGUACUGUGUGUGGAAAUGCAAUCCUCCAGUGUAAAUUUUGUAAUGCUUUCCAUAUCAAAAUACAACUUCUAAACUGAUAGGGACAAGUGUGUAAUAUUGUAGUUUAACAUUCUCAACAUCUUUAUUGCAAAGCAGUGAAUGCCCAUUGUGCCCUAAACUUUGAAGAACAAAUAUGUUUUAGGUAUUUUUCAUGAUUCCAGCUAAGCAACAUAGCAGGGCAAAAAGUAUUUUGGGGUUGUGCUCUGUUAUAGUCAGGAGCACGGUUGAAAAUCUGUGAUAAUUUGCAUCUUCAAGGCUUGUAGAAGUCGGUAAAUAUGCGUUAGUUUCCAGUUUGUUCAAGUUCCAUAUCAUAGGGUCUUCCUGGUGGAGUUGGUCCAAGUCAGGAGGCCAGGAGGACACGUUACUAGGAGAAGCUUUGUAAAUUUGCAGGCUUGAAGAUGCGUACUUCUCAUGAAGGAUAUUCUUUUCGGGAUCCUAUUAGCAUUAUGGUGUUUUAGGAUCAAUGGCAAGACAAAAAGGUUCUUUACCUCUUUCAUGUAUGUAAUUUUUUAAAAUAUUUUCUAUCAGUGGCAAGUAAAGUACAAGGUAAAUAAAUAGGGUGUAAGUGUUGUCUUCAGUGUGCGUGUGUAAUUAUGUGCUUUGGCAUGAAGGUAACUGCUGUACACUGUAUAUUAUGUUAUUUUAUGAAUCUUUUACAUAAGUGCGUGUGGCUAAUAUCAUCCCAUUUUUGUUGUGUGAAACCUCAUCUUGUUACAAGUUGCUGCUGAUGUGUCAUCAGCAUACAAAAGAAAAUCAGUACCUUUUAAGUUUUCAGUUUCAGUUUUUCAGUAUUGCUCCUUGAAGUGCCUCUUUGCUUUUUCUGUAACAGCAGUCAUAUCAGUGAAACAAUUAACAGUAAUUAUUUAUGAAAAUACCAGUUAUCUUUUUACAAUAUAAAUAAAUGUUUGUAAAAUUCCUCAAAGUAUGCAAAAUAAAAUACUUAAGAAACUGUAGUUUUUAAGAGUACACUGCUUAAAAUGCUAACUGAUGAACAUUUUUUAUUAAAUUCAACAUCAGUGAUGGCAGUUUGUGGACUGGAGAACUGUUCUAAAAGGCUAGUUAACAUAAAAGAACAAACAAUGGUCUUGUAGAUAAACUGCUGACAAUUUAAACCCACCCUCAUUUAGAAUGUAUGUUUGUAACAUAUGCAUGAAUCUGAAUGAAUGAAAAAUGAAUAUUGCAUUAGAAAUUAACAUGCAGCAUGAUAAUUUGCCAUGAGAAGGGGAUGGUAGUUAAAGAAGUCAUUUUUAUAUUCACAGUGAAAAUUUGGUUCAUUAUGUUGCUAUAACACCCCCUGAUUGAAUAAAACUUUUCCAGAUUAAAUUUGACUCCUUCUUUGUGCAAUUUAAAGCUGUCACUGACAAGGAUUUGAAUACCUAGUCAGUUGCAGUCCUGUUUUAAGGUAACGCUAUGUGUCAAAUCUUCCCCACCUCUUCCGUUCUGUGUGUACAAGAAAUGAAACAUUGUGAUAAGCUGGCAUGCUUAUGUUACAGAACUUUUUGAGUUUUUAGGAAGUGUUGGCAUUGAUCUUGUCAGGGGAUCGCACAUCAUUAGUGUUGGGAAUAUUUUUCUUUCCUCAGUAUUUUUACUGAUCGUUUUUGUAAAUAUGUAUUGCUUGCUGUAUUAUUGCAUUAUAUUUGCUACUUUGGUUGGCUUAAUGAAUUUCAUUCCCAGUGCUAGUCUCUAACAAUUAGAAUUACACAGUUGUUUUAGACUGAAUGAAUGAAUUUGUUGUAAGAUUCAAAUGUUGCAUUCUCCUGACCCAUGUGAUUGUGUAUAUACAAGUUCAUUUUGAAUACGAGUAUUUAUUUCUCUAAAGCAUGGAAUGGAGUCGUGUAUCCAAUCCCAACGAUAUUGUAUCUGCGGGCAGGUUUGAUGACUUAUGCAUACUUAAAAAUGCAGUGGGGAGGAUGGAUAUGAGAAACCAAACUAGAAGUUUAUUGAGUUGGCAAUUUUUAUUUUUUUUUAUAUAAUAAUAUGAUGUAUCUGGUAUUCUACAGAAACCCUGUUCAUUUUUUAUUAGUGAGGGUAAAUUGUGUUAUGUUCAACAUAAAUGUUUUCAACUAUCUGUUAUGAUCCAAUGUUAUUUGCAUUCUCUUGAACAUUGAUAUUCUUCACUGCUGUUCUAUACCUGUGCUCCUAAUUCGCCUCAGGAUUUUCGCUUGAGUGAUAAGAUUACAAGGGAGAUAUACUGUAUG